CAAAUUCUUGCAAUUAACCAUCUGCUUUAACUCUCUUCUUUUACACUCAGUUCCUAAGAACAUCUCUGGGGAUGAUAGACGACAGUGCCUGGAGCAGCCAGAUAAGCCUUGAGUUGAACCAGCAGAUGGCCAGCUAUGCCAGCCCCUCCCUUGAGAAGAGUUUCCUGUAUAAGGCGCUAGGAACGUCCUUAGCAGUUUGCCAGGACCUGGUCCAUAUUAAAUCACAGCUUCAUCUAUUUUUGACAGCAACAGAUUAUAUGGAAGCCCCUGAGAGACAGGGAGUCAUUUCCAUCCUCGCGUUCUGUGCUGAGAGCCACUUGGACCUCACCCUGAACGCACUUCAGGAGUUUGGGGCUACAGUGAGCAAGGUUACGAUUCCUGGGUUCAUCAGCCGCCUGAAGGACUACCACCAUGGGAGAAGAGGCCAGACUCACAGCACCCUGAUGCUGACCUACAGCAGCGUGGCUGUCCAUGCUCCAAAAGAACAGCUUCUCUCCCGAGUAGAGGCAGACAUCACAAAGAACAUCCUUCUCCAUUAUAGAGCCAGUUGUCAGGUGCUGGGCAUCACUGUUGCGAACAAGGACAUGAACCUAAAAUUAACCCUCAUCCAGAAUGUCAUGGAGAUUAGCUGUGCCAUCUUGGAGACCAGAGACUCCCAAGAGUUCGAAUUCUCAUACAAACUGGAGCUCCUUGGCUACAUGUUGGACUUCAUUAAAACGGAACCACUGGAUUCCCUGACAUCUCCAGUUCGCUACCAGGCAGUUCUUGCCAUUGGACAUCUGAGCAAGCUCAAACCAUCUCUGACCAUGGAGGAAAACCGUGAGCUCCUUGGUCAGUGCUUCAAAAGUUUAUUUCCCCUUCCUCCCUUGGAGAAGAUGAUAGAGGAAGACGGGACAGCAAAGGAUGCUCUGCAUAUACAAUCACUCUACGUGAGGUCCUUGGAAGCCCUUGGCAAGCUAGUGGAGACUUUGCUGGAGGAAGAACCAACCGCAGACUGGUUCCAGGAAAUGUUUGAACUCCUAAGGACAUGGUUCAGUUCGGGGAAGGAGUGGGAGAGAGAACGGGCCUUGCAGGCCAGCACCCAGCUGCUGACUGCCUAUCGAGAGACAGUUCACAGCACAUAUGAUCCCGAGCUUUCGUCACGGCAGUUUGGGGUUGAGCUCUCCCGACUGACCAAUGAGGAGCGAGCGGUGCCACUGGUGGUGGAGAAGCUCAUAAACUACAUUGAAAUGCAUGGAUUGUACACCGAGGGCAUUUACGGGAAGUCAGGCUCAAUCAAUAAGAUAAAGGAGCUCCGACAGGGUCUUGAUACAGAUAUUGACAAUGUGAAUCUAGAUGACUACAAUAUUCAUGUCAUUGCCAGUGUGUUCAAACAGUGGCUGAGAGAUUUGCCCAAUCCCCUCAUGACCUUCGAACUCUACAAGGAAUUUCUGCGAGCUAUGGGCCUGCAGGAGAGGAAGGAGACCAUCCGAGGCGUGUACUCUGUCAUUGAUCAGCUCUCUCGCACCCACCUCAGUACCCUGGAACGCCUCAUCUUUCACCUUGUGAGGAUUGCCCUGCAGGAAGAGACCAAUCGAAUGUCAGCUAAUGCCCUGGCCAUUGUGUUUGCUCCCUGUAUUCUCCGCUGUCCUGACACAACUGACCCACUGCAGAGCGUUCAGGACAUCAGUAAAACAACCACCUGUGUGGAGUUGAUUGUCGUAGAGCAGAUGAAUAAAUACAGGGCUCAUCUCAAGGACAUCAACAGCCUGGAGUUUGCUGAGAACAAAGCAAAAAGCAGGCUGUCUUUGAUCCGCAGAUCAAUGCCUCAGGAAACUUUUCAUCAGUUUGGAUCUCUGAUUGGAGCAAUAGCACCAUACAGCUGUGAUUCACUGGCCACGUCUCGUCAGUGGGUGUUUGACUGUAUCAGCUGCCUUCUCUGUAUACAAGGCCAGCCCAUGAACCUGGGGUCAGUGGAAGAGGAGCUGAGAUGUCUCCAUGAAGAACUAACAGCAGCUCCGGACCCCGAGGCUUUGUUUCAGGCCUCUUCCAAAAUGGCCAGGGUUGUUAGUAAGUACUUUCCCCCAGAACAGGCCACAGCCUUUAUUGAGGCCACAGUGGAAAGUAUGCUGUCUGCCAGCCCCACCUGUGCCACAGCAGCUGGACUGUGGAUGAAGGUUAUACUGAAGGAGUGUGGAGAUGCCAUGCUUGAUAAGGUGCCAGCUAUUGUGGAUAUAAUAUAUAGCCACAUGGCUACUAUCCAGGAGGGCAGCUUGAGGCAAUUCCUGCUGGAGGCAGUGUCUAUUUUAGCUCACCAUCACCUAGAGGCAGUGAUCUCCAGCCUACUCAGCAACCAUCUGCCAAUGGACAGGAAGGUCCAAGAGCAUGUGGAGAUCUCUGGGGGAGACCCCUUGCUUGCCACUCAGGUCCUACAGGUCCUAAUAGAAAAAAUAAAGACGUCAACAAGCCAAGAAGAAAGCAUCACCUCAGAGACUGAAACUGACAGGCAUUUGGCAGCUGCUGAACCUCUCUCAGCAACAUGUGCCAUCUUUGAGGUGGUGUCAGCACAGCAGUCGAGCAAAGCUGUGCAGGAGCUGCUCCCAGAGUUGUUUCCUGUUCUCCUGCAGCAGGUCAGCCGAACCUCAGGACAAAAGAUGCCUUUGCCAAGGAUAAGAAGCCGGAGCCUAUUCCAAAAAGACCAACAACAUACUGAGGGCAACCCUUGCCGGUUUUCUGUCCAAGCGUUAGAAUCUGUGCUUUCCAAAGCUAGGAAUGAGAGACUGGUGAGAGUGCUCAGGACGCAGAAAACAUGGAUUCUGCUUGAAAACCCCCAGACUCACCAUGAGGGAGUGUGUCUGCUGGUGAGUGGUCUGCUAAGAUUUGGACUAAUAACCCUUGAGAUCAUCCAGAGCCUCCUCCCCUGGGUGAAUUCCCCAAUGGAAAACUUCCGAAUCACCGGCACAGCUUUCCUUGCCCAGCUAAUGACUGAUACCAUGCUCAGGGAGAAGAAGUUGCUUAAGAGUGUCUUGCGCAUCUUGGAAGAAAGGUCACAGGAUAGGAACAGCAUUGUCCGUCAGAUGGCUGUAAGAGGCCUGGGAAAUAUAGUCGAUGGGGCGCCUGUGAAGGUGAAAAAAUACAAGAAGUUUCUUCUGGACAUACUGAUCGGGGCCUUACAUGACGUUUUCAGUUCUGACGUGAUUGGUGAGAGCAUGAAAGCACUGGCCAAAGUCCUGAAGGAGCUGAAAGAGAAGGACAUCGGUUCUUCCUUCAAAGACCUCACCGAACAGAUCUGGGCCUACUUUGACGAUGAGAAUGAUGGUCUUCGCUCAGUGGCCUUUGUCCUAUUUGGCAUCCUGGCUCAGUUGACAAAGAAAAAAUGGAAGGCCUAUUUCGCUGAGCAGGUUCGAAAGAGCUGGGUCAUACUUCUGCUGCACCUGCAAGACCCAAGCCCCGAGGUUUCAAUGGAAUGCAGAGCUACAUUUCACCUCUGUUUCCCGUUUUUGGGACUGAAGAGUCUCCAACAUGCGAUCAAUAAGCACCUUGGUGGCAGAGCCGAGCUGAAGCCUGAAGAGCUCCAGGUGGACAUUUGCAGACACCUUGCCAAAGAAAAUGCAGAACUGCUGGAGAACUUGUAUAGCACAACCAUCGCGUCCUUCAGUAGCAGCUGGGAAGGGAUCCGGGCAGGUGCCGCCAACUUAGCUGGCAUCAUCCUGGAACACACAGACACUCAGCGUAUGAAAUGGCUGGACCUGGAACAUCUGCUGAUGUCUCUCCGGGUCCUAGAGAAAGACCCAAGUCCCACUGUCCAGCUGGUGGCAACUGAGCUCAUAAGUGACAUCUGUCCUGGCCGAGCGCUUGGCGAAUGAAGCAGAACGGAGACAAACAGAACAAGGCGCUCCAGUGGUAUAAGGGCCCUACCAUCAAUCAAAUGUUAAUCCCACCCCUUGACCCCGGCAGCAAGAUGUGUCAUGUGACCCCUCUAAGAACUCCUCCCACUGCCAUCUACCGAUCAGGGUGGGUUUCGCCCCAAUAGGAAUGCCCCGAGGGAAGACUUGACCAAUCAAGGGGAGUUCCGGGGCAGGUGACCUGUCCUUUGUGUGACCCCUCUAAGAACUCCUCCCACUGCCAUCUACCGAUCAGGGUGGGUUUCAGCCACUGGGGAUCACUCCAAGAGGAGAUUUGACCAACUGGGGGGAAUUCUGGGGUGGGGUGACCCAUCCGGAAGUGCUUCAUGUGACCCUUCUAGGAACUCCUCUCACCACCCUUUACCAGUUGCGAUGGGUUUCAGCUGCAGAGGACUGCCCCAAGAGGAGAGUUGACCAAAACAAGGUAGGUUCUCGGAAGGGGUGAACCUCCCAGAAGAGGGUUGUGUGACCCCUCUAAGAACUCCUUCCAAUGCCCUCUGCCAAUCAGAGUGCAGCACAUCACCUCAUAAGUCCCAGCGCUGGGCAGAGGAGGCCAUCUCUUACCAAGAAGACGUGUUUUAUGAAUUGUGGAAAGGCUGAGAGGAGACAUGGACUCCUUUACCACUCCCCUGAGAACUUCAGACUUUGUUUUAGCCCCGAGGACCUUUUGGGCUUGUAUGGAUAAAGCGCUAUAGCAGUUACAGUUCCGAGGAGGGCCCUUUGACUCGACCAUUGAUAGAUACCUCAGGACCCGACCCCGAACCCUCGUGAAGAACCCCGAUGAGUGUGACGACCCCCCCCCAAAGUGGGAAGAUGAUCAUGGCUUGGGGGAGUCACUGGUGGACAAGGUGAACGGGAAAGACGUUGCUCAGCUCGACGAUGCCUUUCAAGAGGCCUUUGAGAACUUACACAUCGGUAGCCCUGUUGUGCAUCAGCUGUUUUUGCUCCUGUCUGAGAUGCGGAUCUCAAGAGGAAAAUCCGGAAAAGGACAAAAUAGAAGAAUGAACCAGCUCAGAGUCUUUUGUUGUAGGGGUCAUGGCGUCCAUUUUUACAGGUGGCUGUCAAAGGUUGUGUUAAACCAGGCAAUUAAUUAAACUUAUUUAAAUGUGUCCCUAUGACUGUAUCCCCUCCAUACUUGCGUUAGUAAAAGACGGUACCAGGAACAGUCCUGUCUCCACAGACAGCUCUGUUAAUGAAAAUAGAUUACAUCCCCAGGGAUGCUGGGAGCUUUGGUGGGGGAAUCCUCUUUUUGAGUGGCCAAAAAGCACAGUAAAACUUUUUAAAUAGAAGACAGGUAACAGCUUAGCUUUCAGAUCAGAUGCUUACACUUUACACAAACUGGCUCAAAUACAUUUUAAAAGAAACAAGACCAUUGUUUCAGAUGUGGACGCGCAAUGGCAGGCAGAUCUGGUAGAUGUGCACCGGUUCUCCAAACACAACAGAGGCUUUAAGACGUAUUAUCUGACUUUAUAAAGAGUGACAACCAGAGCUUUCACAGAACUAUACGUACCAGUCCUGCUGAUGUUAAUCCUUCACAUUCUCUGAAGAUAUGCAAAACAGUUUAUAGAGAUGGUUUUAAAAUAAAACCAGUUGUUGCCCCUUUUAGAAAAGGCGACCACGUGAGACUAUCUAAAGUCAAAGGAGCCUUUGAAAAAGGUUAUGAACAGACGUUUACUGAUGAGCUAUUUAUAGUGGAUGAAGCCUUAACCAGGAGCCAGAGACCUGUAUACUGAUUAAAAGAUUACGAGGGUGAGACAGUUACUGGAUCUUUUUGCCCUGAAGAAUUACAAAAAGUAAACCCCAAACAAGACAGGAUUUACAGGAUUGAAAAAGUUCUAGCGGAUAAAGGAAAAGGGAGAAGAAAGCAGCUACUGGUGAAAUGGUUUGAGGAGGCGAUAAGUUUAACAGCUGGGUGGAAGCUUCUCAACUCUGUGACAUUUAGACGUGAACAAAACAAACAAACAAAAAGAUUCCUCCUGCAAAGACAGAGAGAGAGAAAAAUGAGCGACAGCGGGUUCUACAUUACGUUGCCCAGCAAUGCCAGCUCUGCAGUUUUUCCUCAGAACACCAGCUUGAACUUUACAAUAUGGCUAAUUAAGCCCUGGGAUAUCCAGAGAGCCUGGG